CUUUUCUUUCUUUGUUCUUCUUCUCCACCGCCGUGCACUUGCCCCUAUCCAUGGCAAAUUUCACCUCCUCUUUUCUUUCUCCUCCGUCUAUGUCAUACAUUGCAACUUCACUACCUUCUGCUGCUUUCGAUGACACUUCCGACGACGCCUGCAGCAUAUGUCUCGAGCCCUUCAGCACCGUUGACCCUGCCACCACUACCAGUUGCAAACAUGAAUACCAUCUGCAUUGUAUUCUUGAAUGGUCACAGAGAAGCAAAGAAUGCCCAAUAUGUUGGCAGUUACUUAUCUUGGAAGACCCUGGCAGCCAAGAGCUUCUAAAUGCAGUGGAGGCUGAAAAACGCCUAAGAUCAAGAACUGUGUGUUCACAUGCAUCCACCACUAAUUCUGGUAGCCCAUAUGAACGGCUUAGCGAUGCACAAGAUGAUUCUUGUUCAGAUGACUCUGACUUUGAUGAGCAACUUAUGCAGCAAGUAGUGGCUGCUACAGAUAGAGCUCCAUAUAUCUGCAGACGGGGAAGGCAGAGAUCUCUUGGAGUAGGUCCUUCAGAGGUUCUUGUUUUCAACUCUUCUUUGCAUGCAUCUGGGAUGCGACCAAGACUUACAACUUCAUCAUCUGGGGAUAGUUCACCAAAUUCUGGUGCACCCAGAGUUAUCUAUGGCCAGCCAUCACCUGAGAGUGUGAGGGGACUAGACACUCGUGAAAUGUUCUCCUUACCCGAGUCCAUCAAAUCCAAACUUUCUGCUGCUUCAGCCAGAUGCAAGGAAUCAAUUUCAAAAAAUACUCGUGGUCUUAAAGAGAAGUUAAUUGCUCGUAAUGCCUCAGUAAAAGAGCUGAGUAAAGGUGUUCAGCGUGAGAUGAAUGCGGGCAUUGCUGGUGUUGCACGGAUGAUUGAACGCCUUGAUCUUGCUACAAAACUCUCCUCGACUCCUCUCAGAACUUCAGGUUUCCAUGUAAAAGGGAAGUCUAUCCAAGAGAGUGGAGAGAGUGGAGUUUUGGUUGGCGAUUUUAGUUCAAAUGCUCCCUCACUCGAUUCUACCUUGGUUGCUGUUGGAGUGGAAAUUCCUGCUUCAUGUGUUCAGACUGAACAUGAUGCUGCGAGGACUUAACUCGGAUGGUGAAUCUACCAUCUUGUCUCACUAAUCCCGGAAGAGGCCUGCAACGCAAUGCAAGAGACGAUUUGAUAACCAAUGUAAUGUGCCUGUUG